GAACGUGCUAUAAACGGUGUUCGAAUUAACGGUGUUGGCCCACUGAUUGCAUCGUCACCAACAUCCCAUGUUGAACACGGUAAUGUUACCGGUAUUCAACCGGUUGACAUCCAUCAGUAUCCACAAAAUCCGUCGAUAUGGGCAAACACGGAAUCUGCUGUUGAUGCUCAAAAUCGACCGAUGCCACCGCAUGCAUCGUUACCGCCACCAAUCAAUCCUGCCUAUCCACCGAUGGUUAGUUGUUGAUCUGUUCAUCGAUCUGUAAGC